AUGAGUGUCACAAUGUCUUCGAACCCUUCCACCGUGACCCAUGCGAGGUCUGCGCGCGGCUUUAGCGACCUUCCGCAAGAGGUGCGCAACAGGAUAUACAUGCUUGCUGCGAAUGACAAGCAGCGCCUUAUUGAGCAGCAUGUCAGCCGGCGCAGUAUCACGACAACAAGUGAAGCUUUUUGGGCGGCUCGCGGUUACUACAGCUUGACCCAGGUGUCUCGACAGACGCGGCGGGAGUUUCGCGAACUGUAUCUCAGGGAUCGUGCUAUAUCGGUGCACAUUCGUGAUGCGCAAGACUACCUGGAGACCAUCUACCCCUCGUCUGGCAAACAUGCUGUCGAUCGCAACACCAUUAUGGCCUGGCUCACGAUUCGUACUGAUGUCGAACGCCGUGGUAAAUACGAUACACCUAUCGAAAUCAGACCUCUGUUACUAAGCCUUUUCCAUACGCCUGGUCUCGACUACGAGUUUACGGGAAAGGGUGGUGCAGUCUUCAACGAAUUGUUCGUCGGUUACGAAGGAGAGUGGAAAGCCGCAGUCGACAACGUUUUCAAGAGCGUGGAGCUGAAAGAGCCGAGUGUCUUCGGAUUGAGGCUAGUACUGAAUCCCAAGAGCCAAAUGCCUUGGGUCAAGCAAUGUCCAAUUUCUGUUACGAGGUUGCCACACGUACCAGAGGAUGCUUUGGAGUGGUUCAGUGCGCUUGGACUAGAUACGGAGAAUGACAUGAUCUUCGUAAGGAGAGGUGCGCCAAAGUGGCUGCGCGGGGACUUUAUCAAGAGUUCGAAAUAG